AUGGAGGACGAGAAGCUCAUCCGCCUCCAUGACGUGCUCUCGCAGCUGCGACCAGGAGGCAAAAAGGGCGGUCUGGGCUUUGCAUCGGGGAGUGGCCGGAAGGGAGGGAAGCGCUCGGACGGACUGCCGAACAAUGGACUGUACGCCAUGUUUGUGCGUCAAGGGGAGGGCGGCCGUCGACACAAACACUGGGAGGAAGAGGCCACGGAGGUGAAGAAGAAGAAGAAGAAGAAGAAGAGGGAGGAGGAGGUUCAACGGGUGGCUGUUGAGGUGGGAGAUGAGGUGGCGAUGAAGAGGAACAAGAAGAAGAAGAAGCGGAAACUGGAGACGGGUGAGGAGCAAGUGGUUGCAGGAGAAGGAGAGGAGAACGAUGUGGUGGAGGAGCUUAAGCGGAAGAAGAGGAAGAAGAUGAAGAAGCGUGAGGAGGAGACUGCAGCUGAUACGUUUGUUGCGGAGGCGAAGAAGGAGAAGAAGCUGAAGAAGAAGAAGAAGACGAAGAAGCACUAG